AUGCACGGAGAAGGAGAAGUUACUGGGGCGGGCAUGGACGUCACCAAGGGCAGAGAGAUCUUACCUGCGAAUGUUAUUCCCAAGCACUACGAUCUUACCUUGGAACCCGACUUCAAGAAUUUGACGUAUGAGGGAACUGUCAUUAUUGAUCUGGACGUUGCUGAGGACUCUGAGUCAAUCUCCUUGAAUACUCUGGAUCUUAAGAUCCAUAAUACAAAGAUCAUCUCUGGCUCUCGCACAAUCAGCUCAUCGCCCAAGGUAUCAUACGAUGAACCCACACAGACCACCAAGGUCGAGAUCGGAAGCAAGGUCCCAAAGGGCGAAAAGGCACAGCUUGUGAUGAAGUUCAAUGGAGAGUUGAAUGAUAAGAUGGCCGGCUUCUAUCGAUCAACCUACAAGAACACGGAUGGAACUGAGGGAAUCUUGGCCACUACUCAGAUGGAGGCUACUGAUGCUCGACGAGCUUUCCCAUGCUUUGAUGAGCCAUCCCUGAAGGCUGAAUUCACAAUCACCUUGAUUGCGGACAAGCACCUCACAUGCUUGAGCAACAUGGAUGUUGCAUCAGAAUCUGAGAUUCAGUCAGAGAUGAGUGGAAGCACGAAGAAGGCCGUGAAAUUCAAUAAAUCACCCCUCAUGUCGACUUAUCUCCUGGCAUUCAUUGUGGGAGAGCUCAACUAUAUCGAGACCAACGAAUUCAGACUUCCCAUCAGAGUCUAUGCUCCACCAAACCAAAACAUUGAGCACGGCCGAUUUUCACUGGAACUUGCUGCUAGGACCCUUGCAUUUUACGAGAAGACUUUCGACAGCGACUUUCCUCUACCCAAGAUGGAUAUGGUUGCUAUUCCAGAUUUCGCUGUUGGUGCAAUGGAGAACUGGGGUCUUAUUACAUACCGUGUUGUCGACGUGUUGCUUGAUGAGAAAACCACUGGUGCUUCCACUAAGGAACGUGUGGCUGAGGUCGUCCAGCAUGAGCUUGCCCAUCAAUGGUUUGGCAACCUUGUCACCAUGGAUUUCUGGGACGGUCUUUGGCUCAACGAAGGUUUCGCCACUUGGAUGUCCUGGUACUCUUGCGACAAGUUCUACCCUGAGUGGAAGGUAUGGGAGAGCUACGUCAUUGAUACUCUCCAAGGUGCCCUAUCUCUAGACUCUUUGCGCAGUAGUCAUCCAAUCGAGGUCCCGGUAAAGAGAGCAGAUGAAGUGAACCAGAUCUUUGAUGCUAUCUCGUAUUCGAAGGGAUCGUGUGUUCUUCGCAUGAUUUCCAAAUAUCUUGGGGAAGAUGUCUUCAUGGAAGGCAUCCGACAGUACCUGAAAAAGCACGCCUAUGGCAAUACGCAGACAGGCGAUCUGUGGGCUGCGUUAAGCAAGGCAAGUGGAAAGGACGUCGAGAAAGUCAUGGACAUCUGGACGAAGAAUGUCGGCUAUCCCGUUGUAUCUGUAACGGAGAAUUCAUCCGACAAGUCCAUCCACGUUAAACAGAACCGCUUCUUGCGUACAGCGGAUGUCAAGCCUGAGGAAGAUAAGACACUUUACCCUGUGUACUUAGGCCUGCGUACUAAAUCUGGCAUCGACGAGUCUCUUGUCCUCUCGGAGCGAGAAGGUAACUUUAAAGUACCGGAUUUAGACUUCUUUAAGCUCAAUGCCGACCACACCAGUAUCUUCCGAACCUCAUACACGCCAGACCGCCUUGAGAAGCUUGGAAAGGCUGCAAAGGAUGGCCUGCUGAGUAUUGAGGAUCGUGCAGGCAUGAUUGCUGACGCUGGAGCGCUUGCAGCUUCCGGCUAUCAGAAGACCUCCGGUCUGUUGAACCUGCUGAAGGGUUUCGAUAGUGAGAAAGAGUUUGUGGUCUGGAAUGAGAUCAUUACUCGAAUUAAUAACAUUCAAGGUGCUUGGAUGUUCGAGGACCAAAAGACUAGGGAUGGCCUCGAGUCUUUCUUACGUGAUUUGGUCAGCGAGAAAGCUCAUCAGGCAGGAUGGGAAUUCAAGGAAAGCGACGGCCACAUCGAAUCUCAAUACAAGGCUCUUCUCUUUAGCGCUGCUGGCUCAAGUGGUGACAAGACUAUCAUCAAAGCCGCCCAAGAUAUGUUCGCUAAAUUCGCCGCUGGUGACAAAUCAGCUAUCAACGCGAACAUUAGAGGCAGUGUCUUUGGCAUGGCAUUGAAAUAUGGUGGUGAAAAAGAGUACAAUGUUGUCCUUGACACCUACCGCAAUGCCAAGACGAGUGACGAGCGAAACACUGCGCUUCGAACCCUUGGUAGAGCCAGAGAUCCAGAAUUGAUCAAGAGGACUCUCACUCUUCCAUUUGGCGGUGAGGUCAAGGAACAAGAUAUUUACAUGCCUGUAGGUGGGUUGAGGACUCACCCUGCCGGUACCAAGGCUUUGUACAACUGGAUGAAGGAGAACUGGGACGAGCUGUCGACGCGACUUCCAGCAGGUCUGUCUAUGCUCGGAUCGAUGGUCUCUAUUUGUACUUCACAGUUCACCCAUUUGUCUGAUUUAGAGGAUAUCCAUAAAUUCUUUUCAGACAAGAGCACGAAGGGCUUCGAUCAGACUCUUGCCCAGAGCUCCGACGCUAUCAGAGCAAAGGCUGCUUGGAUCGAACGUGACGGACAAGAUGUCAAGAAUUGGGUUGAGGCAUAUCAAAGCAAGACAGUCAAGAGCGAACUCUAG